GCAGCGGCUGAUGCCGGUUCAGUUGGGCUCGGACCUUCUUGUCUUCUAUUUGGUUACCAGUGAGAGUGUUAGUGAGACUUGAAUUAAUUAAAAAUGUCAGCAUCACCGAUAGCAAGGCAGGCGACUCACACGCAGGCGAUUCCAUCGAGGCGGGUGUUAAUAACCGAUCCUGCGCAGAUGCCAGAUGUGUAUUCUAGUACACCUGGGGGCACUUUGUACUCGACCACACCUGGAGGCACAAGGAUAGUGUACGAAAGGUCUUUCAUGAUGUCUCUCCGACAGUCGCCCAUCUCCCAGACCCCACCGAAAUGCAGUCUUCCAGCUGCUCUGCUGAAGAACCCAGGUUCAGUUCCAGCGUCCAUCACGCCCUUGCAGAAGCCAAGGUCGAAUUCCAUUUCCUUUGAUGAAUCACAGGAAACAUUUAGCAUGGAUCUCUAAAUUAGGUUAAGUUAAUGCAAAACUGAUAUCGAAGUGUGGUACAGUGGCUCAUGUAGGAAAGGAUAGCCCUUUGUUCAUGUAAAUACGUACGUACGGCGUACUUACUGUACUU